UGGAGGCAAAGCUUGCUGCGCAGCUCAAUGUCAAUGCUGCCUGUGACCUGCGCAUACAUGGGGUCCCACACAUGGAGGGCGAAAAUGGUGUCAGCAAUCUGUUUCUCAGCUGACACGCGAUUGUGUUUCGCAUAAGUUAGCAGCCCCGCAUUCCCACACGUGAAACGAUGGACAACAAAAUAUUUGUGCGCUGAACUCAUUCAGGCUAUGUGUUGUGUAUUAUGCAAGCAGAGAUUGUGUGAAAAUCGCCGAAAAUCCAAUUGAAUGUACCUACAAAUUGCCUCCCGCAGUUGGCUGAAAACGUAGCAAACGAAAAUGUACCGUUUGUUGAACGUAAAUCGCGCAUCGGCUGUGCAAAAAGUGUUGAGGCUGCCGCCCCCAACCUGCUGUGGGUGUAGCGGUUCCCCCGCCGCGCAGAAUUUCACACAAUAUCAGCAGUAUUAUCAAAUGCUGUACCGCCAAGUGCCGACCAGAGCGAAAAUAACAGCGGUUCCGUUUCCAGGUCAGGGCAAUACGUCAACGCCGGCGGCAGCGACGGUAACAGCGGCGCGCAUACAGUCCACGACACCCACACAAACAGAUGCGCUGGCGCAGAGCAAGAAAAAGCGAUUGCGCAAGCCACGUUACGCCAAGUAUGUGGAACUCUUAGAGGUGACUGAACUGACGGCCAGCGAGCGGAAAUCGAAAGUAAAGCGCCUGAAGUCCAAGAAGCUGUCCGAGUUCAUACAGAGGACACAACAGCAAAUUCUGGAGAAACGCGCCAGGGAGGAGCGACGUGCCAGGAAGAACAAAAGCGGCGAAGAGACCCUCAGACAGCCCGUGGAGUAUCAAAAAAUCAAUCUAGAAGUCUUGGACAGCUCCAUACUGGAGUCUGGGAUUUACGACGACCGGCCGUUGAUUUUCUUUGGCAAGGAUGAGUACACGAAGCAAGUCGUAUCGAAUCCGGAGGAGAUGCAAAACAUACUAAAGAGUUUUCACAAUUUUCGUGAAAUUAUUGAAAGCAUGGAACAUGAAAAGCAGGAAAACUCGGAGGCUGCGUUGUCAAGCUAUAGUUUUAAUGCAGCUAAGCAUGCUGAGGAGUCGGAAGCGUUGGACCCGUUUGAAACAAUGGAGCCCUACAUAGCACCACUGGAGAAGCCCACCGAAACGAUUAAGCCCAGCCUUAACCCAGCUACUGCCAAGUCCAAGAAGCGGUUUAAAUCCAAUGUACACAGGAACGAGGAGCAGGAACGUAUGGCGAAGCAGCGAGCUCUACACAUCAACCUGACAACCUAUCUAAAUGUGUGCGUCUCAGCCAAUAUGCUGCAUCGCGGUCUAUCCACCAUUUUCUCAUACCGAGCCCGUGCCAAGAAUAACAUCAAACAGAACUACAACAGUGUCAUUACAAUCGACCUGUACAACAUUUUAUUGCAGGGUUAUGCGUCCAAAGGCUCUUUCGACCGUUUCCAAGAGCUAUUUAAGUUGAUCAAAGAAGAUUCCCUCUCCUUCAAUGAACAGACUUACGCAGCCAUUUUCGAGUGUCUAGGGCGCUUGGAGCCAACCGAUCAGAAUCUGAAAACCAUUCGUGAGUACAUCGAGCAGGCACAACAAAAUGGUUUCUCUUUGGAUCAAAUUAUGGAUCGCUCGAAGUUUAUAUCUGAUCAGCGUGACAUUGCUCUCGACGCCAUAAAACGUAUACACCCCGAUUACAUGCCCACUUAUGUUCCGCCCCAGCUAGGAUAUGACAAUGAGCUGUUGAAUCAUUUAAAUGAGUAUGUAAUGCCCGUGGGCGUCGAGCCUAUGGAUGCACAACACACAUCCGACUUUGCCAUUAUGAAGCCUAAACGAGGCUUUAGCAAAGAACUGCUGGAGCAAAUGGCCCGAGAGCAACUGAAAACCGAGCUGGAUGGCAGCAUAACCAUCAAGUCAAUUGAAAAGCCCAAGGAGUUUGUCAAUGCGCAAUUGUGUCGCGAUAAACUUAAGGAGCUGGAGCAGAACUGGCGCAAACAAAUUUCAGCGGCAAUUGUGCGGGAUCUGAACACGAUGCGUGCCCAAGUGCGUUUCAAGCCGCACGGCUUCAUGAAUUACUACACAUAUCUGAAGUCUCUGGACACUAGUCACUUCGUGGACAUACUCGUCAAGGAGAUAUAUAAGCUGGCUGAGGGAUCCGAGACGUUUAGCCCCACAGUGGGUCAGUUGCACAAGGAGCUGGGCCAGAAAGUGCAGCAGCGGUUCCAAAUCGAGCAAAAGAAAGGCAACGGAACGCUGGAGAAGGUUGGUGAAAUUUAUAGUGCGUACUGCGAUCUGUGGGAAAGCGGGCGCAGCGAUGACAACACACGUCAGAUGUGGCAGCGUCUGGUGCACGAGCACCGCCACAGUGGUCCCAGCAUGGACUUGCUGGAGGUGCCCUGGCCAACGAAUGUGCAGGCAGGUGUGGGCCGCUUCCUCUACAACAUUCUCAUGCGGGAUAUAAAACUAGAUGCGCACAUUAUGCGGCAGAAGGCUAAGCCGAAGCAGCAGAACUUGUUGCCCGCAUUCUAUACACUGUUCCGCAACCAGGGCAGGCUGGUAAAGGAAGAGGUGAAGGCGCAUCCGGUGCUGUCCAGAUUGUUGCGCGCCUCACGCCAGCAAACACUAACCUUUGAAUCGAAUUUGGUCCCCAUGCUGUGCCCGCCGCAACCCUGGAGUACACCACACAAUGGUGGUUAUUUGCUGAACAAGUCAGAGCUCAUACGCCUUCCCCAUCAAGCGGUUCAGCAAUGGGAGCGCAUCAAGAGCUCCAAUCCACAACAUCUCUAUCCCGCACUCGAUUCGCUCAAUCAGCUGGCCAGCAUUCCCUGGCGCGUUAAUACGCAGCUGCUGGAUGUCAUCAUUGAGGUAUUCCAGAAUGGUGGCGAUGCCAAGCUCGAUGUGCCCCAGCCGCCGAGCUCACUGCCGCCGCUGCCUACGCUGCCCAGCAAGGAGACUGAUGUGUCGCAUGCGGAGCGUGCCAAGCAAUUUCGUGAGAAACUAGGCUAUCGACGCAAACAGGCCGAGAUGUACAGCUUAUGGUGUGAUGCGCUCUAUCGGCUAUCACUGGCGAAUCAUUAUCGGGACAAAGUAUUUUGGCUGCCACAUAACAUGGAUUUCCGUGGCCGCGUUUAUCCCGUGCCGCCUCAUCUCAAUCAUUUGGGCUCCGAUCUGGCCCGUUCCAUGCUCAUUUUUGACCAGGCUCAGCCGCUAGGAGUGGACGGCUUCAGCUGGCUAAAGCUGCACUGCAUCAACUUGACAGGCUUGAAGAAGCGCGAUUCAGUGCGCGAACGUUUGCUUUAUGCCGAGGAGAUCAUGUCCGAUAUACUAGACUCUGCGGACAAUCCACUCACUGGUCGCAUGUGGUGGGCCCAGUCCGAUGAGCCCUGGCAGACGCUUGCCUGCUGCAUGGAGAUCGCCAAUGUGUAUCGUUCACCCAAUCCUGCCGCCUAUCUGAGUCGAUUCCCCAUACAUCAGGAUGGCUCCUGCAACGGGCUGCAGCACUAUGCGGCAUUGGGUCGGGACGAAGCGGGUGCUUACAGCGUCAAUCUAGCGCCAUCAGCUAUUCCGCAGGAUGUGUAUAGCGCAGUGGCCGCGCUGGUGGAGAAGACUCGCAAGGCGGACGCUGCGAAUGGGCUGCAUGUGGCACAGGCCUUGUCGGGCUUUGUUCGCCGCAAAGUUAUCAAGCAAACAGUCAUGACCACGGUCUACGGCGUCACUCGCUACGGCGCUCGCCUGCAAAUUGCGCGACAGCUGAAGGACAUCGACGACUUUCCCAAGGACUGGGUGUGGCCAGCCUCCACGUAUCUCACCACAAAGACCUUUGAGAGCCUGCGCGAAAUGUUCACCUCAACACGUGAGAUUCAGGACUGGUUUACGGAAUGCGCGCGUCUUAUUUCAGGCGUUUGCAGCCAGAAUGUGGAGUGGGUCACACCGUUGGGGCUGCCUGUGGUGCAACCCUACAAUAGGCAGGAGUUGAAAGCCACCGUUCGCACUGGAUUUCGGGUGCCAGAGGCCAUGUCUAUGGAUAUGUACGAAAGGCCCAACAUUCUGAAGCAAAAGAACGCAUUUCCGCCUAAUUUCAUACACUCGCUGGACUCAUCGCACAUGAUGCUAACCUCCCUUCACUGCGAACGACAGGGUCUGACCUUCAUCUCCGUACACGACUGCUUCUGGACACAUGCGUGCACGGUGCCCGAGCUGAAUCGCAUGUGUCGAGAGCAGUUCGUCGCUCUCCACUCACAGCCCAUUCUGGAGGAUCUGUCCGAGCUGAUGCGACGUCUCUAUAGCUUUAAGGAUAAUGACUUUACGAAUGAUGGCUCUGUGGAGGAUCUGUCCAAACGGCAAUUGAAUCGGACACUCAAACAGCUGCCAGCCAAGGGUGACUUCGAUCUAAAUAAUGUGCUGGACUCUGUCUACUUCUUCAGCUAAUCAGGAUAGGUCUGCUCUUCUACACUCUUACAUCUCGCGCGUCCUAAUUGUACAAUGUUAGGCCGCUUGCCAGCUAAGUCACUUAAGUAUAGAUGGAGUUAUUCAUAGUAUCUCGUUCGUCAGGCCAUGGAGUCGAGAAAAACGUUACAUUUCAAAUGUUAUUGUUUCACUCGAUGCUCUGAUAGUUGCCUUAUUUUUGAACAUCCUCUACUUAUUUGUUACAAUUUGUUAAACAUUUCGAUGCUUUUAAAACCAAAACAACCAAAACAAAAAAACGACAAAAGCCCAGUGCAAUGGCAGUGGCAGUGGUAUAUAGUA